AUGGCGGAGGAACCGUCCGCCAAGCGUCAUCAUGCCGAGACGUCGGACAAGAGGAGCAACCUCGUCGACAUUAAAGUCCCCGGCGAGAAGCGCAACUACACCAGAAUGCUCAAAGGGGUUGAGCUCCACGGCAAGGAGACGAUGGAGAUCGUCUGCACCAGCGAACUAGACAAGGCCGACGAGGUGAUCUCCAGGCUGUGGAUGAAGCUUGGCGGCAGGUUUCGUAGGAUCGUCGGUGUUGGUGUGCACUACACCAACGAAGAUGAACCUCCCCAGAUGGCGGCAGUCCUGCAGUUGUGCGUCGACGAACUCUGCUUGGUGUACCACAUCGCCGCGGCCACAAAAUGGUGA